GAUCCAACAUUGAAUCACACCUAAGCUUUUCAAGGUAUUGUACUUUGAUGUUUAGGCUGAAAUGUUGAAUGGGGUUCAGGUGGGGCCAGUAAAUAUGACCUUUAUUUGGUUCUCUGUUAAACCAAAUGCAUAGUAUUGGGCUACUUGAAUUGGCAAUGGCAUACAUUAGACAAGGUUAAUGGAGAUAUUCAUCUACGAUGGAUUUGAUGGGUUUCGAUGGGUUUUUGGAGGGAGAUUUAUUUGCAGGACGCAAAGGAGAGGUAUUCCAAUUUCCAGGCAUCCACCGAACGAACGGAUGUGUAGCCCACUAACAUGUUGAUUUAUGAACUAGGCCUAGAGCUGGGUGAUAGAGCCUUUACAACAGGAAUGCCUACUCUCCUUUGAUAUGUAGAACAACACACCUGUGAAGUGCUGAGGAUAAGUCAAGCUCCAAUAAAGUAACCGGUAAACAAAAAGUGCAGGCGAGUGCAGCAAUCCUGACAGCUUCCCCUGAAGUCACACACUAACUAUGGAUUGUGUCCAAUAUGCUGUCCAGUGUCACUGGAUGUUUCUCUAUGAAUGGUUGAGACAGAAACAUACAAGAGCUGAUGUAGUUACAUUCAUGUUUGUUGUUUCUACAGGUGUGCCCGAGGCCUCAGUUAAUAUAGUCUCUCCCCAGGAGCCACUGUACACAGGAGAAAGAGUCAUUCUUCAGUGUUACAUACCAGAAUACACAGACUGGACUUAUUUCUGGUACAGAGACAACCAACUCCUUUCCAGUCAGACCAGGAAAACCACCACCAUCACUCUCCCAGACCAGGCUGGUCAGUACCAAUGUCGUGGGAAGAGAACAAAAUGGCCCGAAUCAUCAUUUCUUAGUCCUAAUCAUCCCAUCAGUGCUACUGAUCGACCCAAGGCUGUCCUGAGUAUCUCUCAUCAGUGGAUGAACCCUGGAGACUCAGUGACUCUGAACUGUGAAGUUAAAGAUAAAGGCUGGAGGUUCUCCUGGUACAAGACUGUUCCCUACAGAGCUGGGUUACCCUCUCUAUUGGACAAGUCCUACUCUGUAGAGCCCCUAUCUGGAUAUGGGACUACUGAAGAGUCUUACACUCUGAGUCCUGCUGGUCCUACUGACACAGGAGGAUAUGUGUGUAGAGCUGGGAGAGGAGACCCAGUCUAUUACACAAACUACAGUGAACCUCAGUGUCUCUGGUCAGGAGAUCUGCAGUCUUCAGUGUCUCUCAGAAUAGGUCCCAACAGAACUCAACACUUUACAUCAAAGUCUCUCUCACUGACCUGUGAUCUGAAGGGAAACUCUACUGGAUGGAGACUGAUGAGAUACACAGAGACAGGAGUGAAGUCAGGGUGUUCCCCUAACUGGGGAUCAAUAACAGGGUCCACAUGUACCAUCACCUCCACAUACACAGGGGACAGUGGAGUGUACUGGUGUGAGUCUGGAUCAGGACAGUACAGUAAUGCUGUCAACAUCACAGUGUCUGGUGGUGAUGUGAUCCUGGAGAGCCCUGUCCAUCCUGUGACUGAAGGAGACUCUGUGACUCUUCUCUGUACACAUAGAAAUCAACCACACACUAACCCCAAGGCUGAUUUCUACAAAGAUGGAGUACUCAUCAGUAAUGAGACCACAGGAGAGAUGACCAUCCCUACAGUAUCUAAGUCAGAUGAAGGUUUCUAUAAAUGUAAAUCAGAUCAGAUAGAAUCUCCUGAAUGCUGGGUGACAGUGAGAGUCCCUCCAGGUUCUCUGGUCUCCAUCUCUCUGUCCAGACUGCUGUGUGGUCUACCGGUGGUGUCUCCAUUUCUACUGGUAUCCAUACUGAUGGUGAAAUACUGCAGGGCUGGAGGUUUGUGUUCAACAACCAAAUCUCCUGAAGAAAAGUUACAAUGUGAUGAUGAAAUCAAGCAGACUGAAUCCUCCUUGUGAUUCUUACUGGGUUAAAUCCAUGUGAGAUGAACAAGCAGUAUUAUGAUAUUGAACCUUUUGAAUAUGAUAGCAUUUACUGAGUUUAAUAUAAUGUAAUGGGAUUUUCAUACAGCUAAAUUAUAUGAUUCAGUUAUUGU